CUUGCAACGAGGAGAAUAGUCUCAGCCAUUGAUUGAACCCCCACCGACUUCACAAUACAAAAUGCAUGCAAAAACGCCUGGCAGAUGAUACAUAUCACAGAUCUAGGUAGGGAAAAGACCUGCUGACCUUCUCAUCGAUACGACUCCAUCUCUGUGCCCAAGGCAUCCCUGCACCAAAACCUGGCUCAAGCUGCUCUGGCCGACGACUUGGUGUUGUUGGCUUGAACUUGACACCCCGAGAUUACCGUACAAUCCUACCAAGCAUUGUGGCAGUGCCGAGCUCAGCCUCCACGACUUCGGAUCAUCAUCCUCAAUCCUCAUUAAUUUCCUACGAGUAGCUGACGUGGCCUUGAGGCUCGUCCACUCCACGUCUCGGUCCGGCUAUACGACAUACACAGUAAAGCCGGAAAACAAAAACCGUUUUCAACUGCUCAAGCCUUCGAGUCUCAUCAUCUGCACGACCUUUCACGUCGACCGUUACUUCUUCUGGCUGGAUGUCAGAUCUCCUGGUCGGCUGACUUGGAUGAGAGACCAAGUGUGCGGCCUUCUCAACCUGCCCAGCCUGCUCAUUCCACCUCUCUGAUUGCAUCCGACGGCACAACCAUCGGUAUGAGUGCCUCAAUUUCUUUCCAUGCCGCCGAACCUCCAUAUUCACAUCCGUCAACAAGUAGAACGGGUCGGUAUUGGUUCCCAUUUAUUUAUUAGCUUUCGGUGUCCGUGGGCGUCCUUCAGUGAGCGGGACCUCUGCCAACGGGCUGAAAGGGCCUGGAACAUCAGAGACCACCCUCGUGUGGGGGCCGGUCCCUAGCUCUGUGCUUCACGUCCUUGCUUUUCAUGAGGCUCAUCCACCCAUCGUGCAUUUGACGCCAUGGUCAAAUAUGCCGAUGGGCGUUGUUGAACGUCAGAUACUCUUCGCAGGCGUGCUGAAUGAUUUUUGGACAUAAUUUCUUCGAGGUCGCCUCCUCUCAGACCACACGCUAACAGGCACAUCCGUCCAGAAUCGAAGCUCGUAUACGCCAUACUCUCUCGACGGAAUUCCAGAUCAUCAACGUCGGCUCGACUGGUAGCGGGAGAGUCGACCAUCAGGGACUUCGCGUGGCUCGAUUCGUCUAAUCAACAUUCCCUGCCAUGUAACAACCCCGCUCCUCCAUGUCCAACGCUCAGGAUCCGGAUCAAGUUUUCGAUUUAGACAGGGACUUUAUUGCGCCCGGCAGGACUCCCCCGUUGAAGCCAAUAAAGCCCAGCUUCGGAGUCGAAUGGAGCCCACCGCCCUUUGGACCUGACUAUCCGUCAUCUGAUUCUUCGUCGGAGGACGAAAUCAGAGAGAUCCGCACUUCAGCGCGCCGCAAGAUACGAAAGGGUCGAACCAACCCAUCCCUGACCGACGGUGUACUGAUUCGUGCGCUAGAUCCGAACCAGCCCGAGGCGGCCAAGCAUGCAGAAAGAUAUGCACUAGCGUCAGCAAGUCGAUCGGAGGCGGAAGGGGAGGAGGAAAGUGGAGGUCUGUCCGAAGAGGCUCGGAUGAUAAUCGCCAAUGCGACGAUCCCGCACAAGUCGAAUGUACCAGAGCAACCCGAUGCUUGGGUGGAGGCUACUUCAGAUGUCGUCCAAGAUACAGACGGGGACUUCCCGAUGGUCGAUUCUCCUGCUACGUUCGAGGAUGCUGAUCGGACCCCUUCUGAGGUAGUUCCUCGUGAGAUGCGUAUCACCUGCGCACGGCAACAAAUAUAUUGCUCAACACCCCGCAAACUAGAUCUUCAACCACCAAGGAGGACCAAUGCUACUGCUCAUCCCCGACCUGCCCAACUGGCGAGCGAAGGUCUACGGCUGCAGCUUGGUAAUAACCACUGGGAUCCCGAUGAUUCUAUUGUAACGUCGCCAAUUCUGGCCAAGUAUGCCAUAACACCACGAGAUCCAGAUCCAGGUAUUGUCCUGCCCGCCAUGCAAAUGUCUCCUACCCGUUCCUCUGCAACAUCCUCACCGCGGCAGGAGCAAAGGCUCCCGUCACUCAGAACCCAUCUGCUGGAAUUUGAAGCUCGUUCCCCUGGCUUUGCAGGCAUGUCGCCUAUUCUGGGUGGUCCUUCCCCAGGACAAUGGCCUCAUCUUGGUCCAUCUCCACUGUUCCAUCAGUCAACUCACACUGGCAUGUCACCCCCGGCUCUGCCUACCCACACCAUUUGGCGAACGGCGACGCGAGAUAGCUCCAUAUCGAUAUCUUCUGAAUACAGCCCAGGGAGUUCUGCAGCAGUCGCCACUCCAGUCUCUUCCAUCAUUGUGCAAUCCCCGGCUACGUCAGCAAAUCUACAUCCAAUGACACCACUACAGGAACAAGAACAGGAACAAGAACAAGAACAGGAGCUAGAGCUAGCACAGGAGGAAGAGGAAAUCACGUUAGAUAGACGUUCGCCUGAACGUCCCAGGGGGCUGCCUGAACGUGCGAAGGUGCCACCUGAACGUGCUAAGGUGCGGCCUGAACGUCCGCAGGGGCAAGUCACCAAGGUCGAAGUCAAAGAUAGACGUCCGCCUGAAGGUCCCAAGGUGCGUCCUGAACGUCCCAUGGGUCAAGUCGCCAAGGUCGAAGUCACCGUCAAACUUGACCUGUUGCCGCCAAAAGAGAAAGCCAAAGAUCCGCCAGCCCCAAGUCGGCCAGUGCCAAGUGGUAACUAUCCAUGUACUUAUGAAGGCUGCACUGCCAUCCCUUUCCAGACACAGUAUCUGCUCAACAGUCACAUGAACGUCCACUCCGAUACGAGAACGCACUUUUGCCCCAUGGAAGGUUGUCCGCGUGGUCCAGGGGGCCAAGGGUUCAAGAGAAAGAAUGAAAUGAUCAGGCAUGGUUUGGUUCACGAAUCCCCCGGUUACACCUGUCCUUUUUGUGUGGAUCAGACACACAAAUAUCCCAGGCCGGAUAACUUGCAACGGCACGUUCGAGCGCACCACACAGAUCGAGACCGUGACGACCCUAUAUUGCGCCAGGUCCUCGGCCACCGGGAAGAGAGCGCAGGACGUGGCGGCCGAAGACGAAUGCGCUCUUUCCUUGUAUAGUAACUACUACCGACGAAUCCAAUGGUCGAGAGACGUUUUGGCGUCUUUACCCAGCCUCAACCUCGAAUGGCAGCCAUGGGGUCUUAGUAUAUCGAUAUCGCGGCCGAAAGCCCCAGCAAGUUUCAGACAGGUCUGAUUGAGCUAGGGAAGUGGCUAUUGGCCGAAAUCCCAUUCUUCUAUUCUUGUACAGCAAUCUUGGCUUGAUUUGAUUUUAUCCCAAGGAAAUCACACAUGGGUCCACGACGAUCCCAAGGAAACCAUUUUCUUCUUCGCGACGCGUUCCGGAACGUAUACGACGAGAGUGGAGGCCGUCAUGGCACAUUCACUCGGUGCUCUUAUCUUGAUGGAGAGUUCGACUAUGCCGGAGUGGAGUACACAGUGUACUGGGAGGCAGACCAAAAAAGCACCGACGGCCCAUUGGGAGUAUUGGACAAGCAGUCAGUAAGUCAGCGGAAGGGGGAUAUGCUUCGACUUUUACGACGUUACGAUUAAUGACGCCAGACAUGCCCGUUACGUUUACGUCUCGAAAUCCAGAUCCGAAUCUUGAUGGCUAUCCGUCGUUUAUCGAAAGGGUGGUGAAGUGGGCGCAACACGGUAUGGUGUCCAUAUCGAAGGGCGUUUUCAUUUCAUUUGGGUCCGAACGCAGCAAGAGCUGGCCCAGACUGUCCUCCAGAGGAAUUGUCAUGGAUUUUGCAAUGCAGCAAGACAAGACAUGGCAACAAGAGCGAGGCAAAACAACAAAAAUCGACGAACCGAAAAGCCGUACUUGCUCAAUAGGAUCUUGCGUGUCACCCAGCCAGUCACCCAGCCUGUCACGAUGCGGGCAGAAGACGAGCAGAUCGGAGGGCAGAGGGCAGUAUGACAGCCAUUUGGCAACUGCAGAGCUGUUUGUACUGCCUAAACUCGGGACGAGACAUGGCCAGAAGCUAAGCGCGAUGAAAUAAAUGAGCAGGCCUGACAGUGCAGGUAUACCACAGUAAACCCCACGGGAACCCCAGG